GUUCCUUCAGCGAGAGUGCGGCGGCGAUGAGCGUCCUCCAAGCCUGGCUCGGGGUGGUCCUAGCGCUGCAGUUCGCAGUGUUGCCUCGCUCCGAAGGUGCUUGUCUUUACCAGGGAUCCUUGUUGGUGGAUGCCACACUUUGGAAGCCUGAUUCCUGCCAGAACUGUCGUUGCCAUGGUGAUAUUGUGAUCUGCAAACCUGUUGUUUGCAGAAACCCUCAGUGUGCCUUUGAGAAGGGAGAAGUGCUUCAGAUCGCCCCCAACCAGUGCUGCCCAGAAUGUGUACUGAAGGCAUCCGGAUCCUGCUUCCAUGAGGAGAAAACCCAUGAGCACGGCACUGAGUGGGCCUCUUCUGCAUGCACGGUGUGCUCUUGCACUCAUGGGGAGGUUAGAUGCUCCCACCAACCCUGCCCACCUUUGUCGUGUGGACCACGGGAGCUGGAAUUCCUGGCUGAAGGAAGCUGCUGCCCCAUCUGUGUGGGCCCUGGGAAACCCUGUUCCUAUGAGGGCCAAGUGUUUCAGGAUGGAGAGGACUGGAGGCUGAGCCACUGUGCCAAGUGUGUAUGCAGAAAUGGGAUCAUCCAGUGCUUCUCAGCUCAAUGUCAGCCUCUGUUUUGUAACCAGGAUGAAAUUGUAGUCCGAGUCCCUGGAAAAUGCUGCCCACAGUGCUCUGCCAGAUCCUGCUCUGCAGCUGGCCACGUAUACGAGCAUGGAGAGCAGUGGAAAGAAGAUGCCUGUACCUUGUGCACAUGUGACCAGGGAGAGGUCAGGUGUCACAAACAGGACUGCCCGCCACUGAGAUGUGAAAAGGGUCAGAGUAGGGCCCGGCAUCAUGGGCAGUGCUGUGAAGAAUGUGUGUCUCCUGUCCCAAGCUGCUCAUCUAAUGGAAUCAUGCGGUACCAGGAUGAAAUGUGGAAGGGCUCAGCUUGUGAGUUCUGCAUGUGUGACCAGGGCCAAGUGACCUGCCAGAUGGGACAGUGUGCCAAGGUGACCUGUGCCCGGGGUGAAGAAUUAGUUCACUUAGAAGGAAAAUGCUGCCCUGAAUGCAUUUCAAGGAAUGGUUACUGUGUUUAUGAACAGAAGGCAGAAAUUAUGUCUUCAAAUACAAGUAAAAUUAAGCAUAUUCCAGAGGGAAAGAAAUGGGAAGAUGGUCCUUGCAAGGUGUGUGAGUGCCGGAAAGCUCAGGUUACUUGCUAUGAGCCCUCAUGUCCACCAUGUCCAGUGGCCACCCUUGCCCUCAUGGUGAAGGGACAGUGCUGUCCUGACUGCACACCAGUUCAUUGCCACCCAGACUGCUUGACCUGCUCUCACUCUCCAGACCACUGUGACCUCUGCCAGGAUCCCACAAAACUGCUGCAGAACGGAAGAUGCAUACACAGCUGUGAGCUGGGAUUCUAUCAAGCAGGAAGUCUGUGUUUAGCCUGCCAGCCCCAGUGUUCCACAUGCACCAGUGGGCUAGAGUGUUCAUCCUGCCAGCCUCCCCUGCUGAUGCAGCAGGGACAGUGCGUGUCUACUUGUGGGGAUGGCUUCUACCAAGAUCGACACUUCUGUGCAGUCUGUCAUGAGUCCUGUGCUGGCUGCUGGGGGCCCACACAGAAGCACUGCAUGGCCUGCAGAGACCCGCUGCAAGUGCUGAGAGACGGCAGUUGUGAGAACACCUGUGGCGACGGCUUCUACAACAGGCAGGGGACCUGCAUCCCUUGUGACCAAUCCUGUAAGAGUUGUGGCCCCAGUAGUCCCAGAUGUCUUACCUGUACUGAGAAGACAGUGUUUCAUGAUGGGAAAUGCCUUUCUGAAUGCCCUGGUGGGUACUACGUGGAUACCACUGGCAGAUGCAGAGCUUGUCAUGUAUCCUGUGCCACCUGCUCUGGACCUGCAGCCUCUCACUGUACAGCCUGUAUCCUUCCGCAGGCUCUCCGUCAAGGCCACUGUCUGCCCAGCUGUGGAGAGGGCUUCUACUCUGACCACGGGGUCUGCAAAGGCUGUCAUGCCUCCUGCCAGACCUGUGUGGGUCCUGAGCCCUCUCACUGUACUUCCUGUAAGAAGCCAGAGGCAGGACUUGAAGUGGAGCAGCCCUCAGGGAGGGAGAUCCCCUCUGGCGAGUGUGUGUCCCAGUGUAGAGCUCACUUUUACUUGGAGAGCACUGGACGGUGUGAAGCUUGCCAUCCAUCCUGUCUCAUGUGUGCAGGGAAGAGCGCUUACAACUGCACAGUCUGUGGGCCUGCCUAUGUGCUGCUGUCUGGGCGCUGCCUCUCCCAGUGUCCGGAGAGCCACUUUACUCAGGAAGGUAUUUGUACGGAAUGCCACCCAACCUGCAGGCAGUGCCAUGGGCCUCUGGAAUCUGACUGCAUCUCCUGUCACCCUCAUCUUGCUCUUAGCAAUGGGCACUGUAAGACCAGCUGCAAAGAAGAGCAGUUCCUGAACCUCGUGGGGUACUGUACUGAUUGCCAUCCUCUGUGCCAACACUGUGUGGCUGACCUCCACGAUACUGGUAGUGUCUGUCUAAAGUGCCAGCAUGCCCGCCAUCUGCUGCUUGGGGACCACUGUGUUCCUGACUGCCCUCUUGGACACUAUGCAGAGAGAGGUGCUUGUAAAAGAUGCCACUCCUCCUGCAGAACCUGCCAGAAUGAAGGCCCUUUCUCCUGCUCCUCCUGUGCCAGUGGCCUUGUUCUGACCCACAUUGGCACCUGCAGCACCACCUGUUUCCCUGGGCACUAUGUGGAUGACAACCAAGCUUGCCAGCCAUGCAGCAUACAUUGCCGAAGCUGUGAUUCACAAGGCAGCUGCACCUCCUGCUGGGAUCCAAGCAAGGUCCUGCUCUUUGGGGAGUGCCAGUACGAGAGCUGCACCCCACAGUACUAUCUUGACAUCUCCACCAAGACAUGCAGAGAGUGUGAUUGGAGUUGCAAUGCCUGCAGUGGACCGCUGAGAACAGACUGCCUGCAGUGCAUGGACGGCUACGUUCUGCAGGAUGGCGCUUGCGUAGAGCAGUGCUCAUCCACACACUACCGGGACUCAGGCCUCUGCAAGCGCUGUGACAGUCACUGUCUCCAGUGCCAAGGUCCCCAUGAGUGCACUCGCUGUGAAGAACCAUUUCUCCUCUUGGAAGCCCGGUGUGUUCAGGAAUGUGGGAAGGGAUAUUUUGCAGAUCAUGCAAAACACAGAUGCACAGCCUGCCCUCGGGGGUGCUUGCAGUGCAGCCGCGGGGACCGGUGCCACCUCUGCAAUCAUGGCUUCAUUCUGAAGAGUGGCCUCUGCAUGUCCAGCUGUGUCCCUGGCUUCUCUGCCCACUCAUCUAAUAAGACUUGUGCUGACAAAAUGCACACUCCCAGUCUUCACAUAAAUGGCUCCUUGACCCUUGCAAUUGGUGCAAUGAAGCCACUGGACUUUUCUCUCCUGAACGUCCAACACCAGGAUGGCAGAGUAGAAGAUCUUCUGUUCCAUGUUGUGAGCACGCCCACCAAUGGUCAUCUGGUGCUCUCAAGAAGUGGCAAAGAGGUUCAGCUGGACAAGGCUGGCCAUUUUAGCUGGAAAGAUGUGAAUGAGAAGAAAGUGCGCUUUGUACACAGCAAAGAGAGGCUUAGGAAAGGGUACUUCUCCUUGAAAAUUAGUGACCAGCAGUUCUUCUCUGAACCCCGGCUGAUCAACAUACAAGCAUUUUCAACACAGGCCCCCUAUGUGCUAAGAAAUGAGGUUCUCCACAUCAGCAGAGGAGAGCGGACAACCAUCACCACUCAGCUGCUUGACAUCCGGGAUGAUGAUAACCCACAGGAUGUGGUUGUAGAAGUGCUUGAUCCUCCACUUCAUGGCCAGUUGCUCCAAACACUUCCGUCUUCUGUAGCCCCUAUCUAUCAGUUCCGUUUAGAUGAGCUCUCCAGGGGCCUGCUUCUCUAUGCUCAUGAUGGCUCAAACAGCACAUCCGAUGUUGCGGUACUGCAGGUCAAUGAUGGACACUCCUUCCAAAAUAUACUGUUUCGUGUGAAGAAUAUGCCCAAGAACGAUGGAGAUCUUCGGCUUGUGGCUAAUUCUGUGGUGUGGGUUCCAGAAGGGGGAAUGCUACAAAUCACCAACCGAAUCUUACAAGCAGAAGCUCCAGGUGCCAGAGCCGAGGACAUCAUCUACAAGAUCACACACGAUCACCCCCAAUUUGGCGAGGUGGUCCUUCUGAUGAAUAUGCCUGCUGACAGUCCCGCCGAAGGGCAGCACCUGCCUGAUGGAAGAAUGGUGACCCCCACCAGCACCUUCACCCAGCAGGACAUCAAUGAAGGCGUAGUGUGGUACAGGCACUCAGGAGCUCCAGCCCAGAGCGACUCCUUCCGUUUCCAGGUGUCUAGCGCCACAGAUGCCCAGGCCCACCUGGAAAGUCACGUGUUCAACAUUGCAAUCUUACCGCAGACUCCUGAGGCACCUAAACUCUCUCUGGGGACAUCACUCCACAUGACCGCUCGUGAAGAUGGCCUGACUGUCAUUCAACCCCAUUCCCUGUCCUUUGUGAACUCAGAGAGACCCAAUGGGAAGAUUAUAUAUAAUAUCACCGUACCUCUGCGUCCAAAUCAAGGUAUCAUCGAACACAGAGACCAGCCUCACUCUCCCAUCCAGUAUUUCACACAAGAAGAUGUCAACCAGGGCAAAAUCAUGUACCGCCCUCCCACGGCAGCACCCCACCUCCAGGAGAUCAUGGCCUUCUCCUUUGCUGGUCUCCCAGAAUCAGUGAAAUUUUACUUCACAGUUUCCAAUGGACAGCACUCAAGUCCAGAGAUGGCCCUCACCAUUCACCUACUUCAUUCUGAUCAACAACCCCCAGCAUUUCAGGUCUCAGCUCCCCUGCUGGAGGUCAGCCCUGGAGGCCGCACUUCUGUAGGCCUGCAGUUGGUAGUAAGAGAUGCACAGACAAUCCCUGAAGAGCUCUUCUUUGAGCUUCGAAAACCUCCUCAACAUGGAGCGCUCCUGAAGUACAGGGCAGAGUUCCCAGGUCCAAUGGCUGCAGGUGACACUUUCACAUAUGAUGAUAUUGAGAAAAAUGUUCUUCAGUAUGUACAUGAUGGGUCCUCUGCUCGAGAGGACAGCAUGGAGAUCUCAGUCACAGAUGGCCUGACAAUGACCACAUCAGAAGUGAAAGUGGAAGUGUCCCUGUCCGAGGACCAAGGGCCUCAGCUGGCCCCUGGUUCCUCUCUGAGCAUGACUGUUGCUAGUCAACGCAUGGCCAUAAUCACCCGGUCACACCUUGCCUAUGUGGAUGAUUCAUCCCCUGACCCAGAGAUCUGGAUUCGCUUAAGUUCUCUGCCUGUGUAUGGUGCUCUCUUAAGAACCUUGGGAUCUGAGGUGGAGGAGCUCUCUGAGGUUUCCAAUUUCACGAUGGCAGACAUCAACAGCAACAACAUUAGAUACUCGGCUGUGUUUGAGACAGAUCAUCUGGUCACAGAUAACUUCCACUUCUCUGUCUCAGACAUGGACAACAACCACCUGGAAAAUCAGAUAUUUACCAUCCUAGUCACUCCUGCCAAAGACCCGCCUCCAGUCAUUGCUUUUGCUGACCUUAUCACGGUUGAUGAAGGAGGGAGAGCCCCACUGUCCUUUCACCACUUCUUUGCUACUGAUGAUCAUGACAACCUCCAGAGUGAUGCUGUCAUUAAACUAAUUGCUCUACCCAAAUAUGGCUGCAUUGAGAACACAGGAACAGGGGAUCGUUUUGGCCCAGGAGCUACCAGUGACCUAGAGGCAUCAUUCCCAAUUAAAGAUGUACGGGAAAACUACAUUUACUACUUUCAGAGUGUUCAUGAAAGCAUCGAGCCAACUCAUGAUCUUUUUAGUUUUUAUGUGAGUGAUGGAAGCAGUCGUUCUGAAGUUCACAGCAUCAACAUCACCAUUGAGAGGAAGAACGAUGAGCCCCCCAGGAUGACCUUGCGGCCCUUCAGAGUGCAGUUGAGCUCAGGAGUGGUACUAAGCAAUUCUUCCUUGAGCCUACAAGAUCUGGACACCCCAGAUAAUGAGCUGACUUUUGUAUUGAUGAAGAAGCCUGACCAUGGUCGUCUACUCCGGAGACUUACUCCUUCAGACCCUCUAGAGAAUGGAACGGUUUUAGUUCAGGGUUCCUCUUUUACCUACCAGGAUGUCCUGGCUGGGCUGAUGGGGUACCUUCCUGGUGAUGCUGGUGUGGUGAGGGAUGAGUUCCGGUUCUCCCUCACUGAUGGUCUCCAUGUAGACACAGGGAGGAUGGAGAUAUACAUAGAGCUGCCUAUAAAUGACACUCCCAACUUGGCUAUAAACCGAGGCCUUCAACUCUCAGCAGGGUCAGUAGCCCAUAUCACAGAGCAGCACUUGAAAGUGACAGAUGCUAACUCAGAUGAUGGGCAGGUUAUAUACAUCAUGAAGGAAGACCCUGGCGCAGGGCGCCUGCAGAUGGUCAAGCGUGACAACCUGGAACAAAUCUCUGUUAGAGGCCCCAUCCGAAGCUUCACCCAGGCAGACGUCAGCCAAGGGCAGAUCGAAUACAGCCAUGGACCCGGAGAACCUGGUGGGAGCUUCGCUUUUAAAUUUGAUGUGGUUGAUGGAGACGGCAACAAGUUGGCUGACCAGUCAUUCUCCAUCCAUGUUUUAGAAGACAGAUCCCCACCAGUCAUCAUCACUAACAAAGGGCUGGUCCUGGAUGAAAACUCGGUGAAAAAAAUCACUACUGUACAGCUCUCUGCCACUGACCAGGACAGCGAGCCUGCAGAGCUGAUCUAUAGAAUCACCACCCAGCCGCAGCUGGGCCACCUGGAGCACGUGGCAUCACCAGGCAUCCAGAUUAGUUCCUUUACUCAGGCCGACCUGACUUCACGAAGUGUUCAAUAUGUCCAUUCCAGUGAGACAGAGAAGCAUUCAGAUGCCUUCGGCUUUGUGCUUUCUGAUGGAGUGCAUGAGGUGAUACAGACCUUCCACAUCACGAUUCAUCCUGUGGAUGAUUCACUGCCCCUUGUGCAGAACCAGGGCAUGCGUGUGCAGGAGGGUGUGAGGAAGACCAUCACAGAGUUUGAACUGAAGGCGCUGGAUGCAGACACAGAGGCUGAUUCUAUCACCUUCACCAUUGUGCAGCCCCCACGCCAUGGCACUAUCGAGAGAACCACCAGGGGACAACAUUUCCGCCUCGCCUCCUCCUUCACCAUGGAAGAUAUCUACCAGAACCGGGUCAGCUACAGCCAUGAUGGUAGCAACUCCAUCAAAGACCGAUUUAGUUUCACCGUUUCUGAUGGAACCAACCCCUUCUUUAUCAUUGAGGAGGGAGGAAAAGAGAUCAUGACAGCAGCACCUCAGCAGUUCCGAGUGGACAUCCUCCCAGUUGAUGAUGGCACCCCUAGAAUUGUCACAAACCUGGGACUCCAGUGGCUGGAGUAUAUGGAUGGCAAGGCAACCAAUCUGAUCACCAAGAAAGAACUGCUGACCAUGGACCCGGACACAGAGGACCUUCAUCUUGUCUAUGAGAUCACAGCGGGCCCCAAGCAUGGCUAUGUGGAGAACAAGCUGCAGCCUGGCAGAGCUGCUGCCUCCUUCACCCAGGAGGAUAUAAACUUGGGGUUGAUUCGUUAUGUGUUGCACGGGGAAAAAAUCCAAGAAGUGAUGGAUAGUUUUCAGUUCCUGGUGAAAGACAGUAAACCCAAUGUGGUCAACGAUAAUGUCUUCCAUAUCCAGUGGUCCCUCAUCAGCUUUAAGUAUACCAGCUACAAUGUCAGUGAGAAGGCAGGGUCUGUCAGUGUCACAGUGCAGAGGACUGGGAACCUAAAUCAGUAUGCCAUCGUCCUGUGUCGGACUGAACAAGGUACAGCCAGUUCCAGCUCCAGGGUCAGCUCCCAUCCUGGACAUCAAGACUACGUGGAGUAUGCUGGCCAGGUGCAGUUUGAUGAGCGAGAGGACACCAAGUCCUGCACCAUUGUCAUCAACGAUGAUGAUGUGUUUGAGAAUGUUGAAAGUUUCACUGUGGAGCUCAGCAUGCCAGCAUAUGCCCUAUUAGGGGAGUUCACCCAAGCGAAGGUCAUUAUCAAUGACACCGAGGAUGAGCCCACAUUGGAGUUUGAUAAGAAGACCUACCGGGUCAAUGAGAGUGCUGGUUUCCUGUUUGCACCUAUUGAAAGAAAAGGAGACUCGAGCAGCAUUGUGUCUGCUAUUUGCUACACCGUCCCUAAGUCAGCUAUGGGAAGUAGCCUCUAUGCUCUGGAAUCAGGCUCUGAUUUUAAGUCCAGAGGGAGGUCUGCUGAGAGUCGUGUGAUAUUCGGACCCGGUGUCACCAUGACCACAUGUGAUGUUAUGCUCAUUGAUGACAGUGAGUAUGAAGAAGAAGAGGAGUUUGAGAUUGCCCUGGCUGACGCCUCCGACAAUGCCCGCAUUGGAAGGGUGGCAGUGGCCAAGAUUCUUAUUAGUGGUCCCAAUGACGCCUCCACGGUCUCCCUGGGCAACACAGCUUUCACAGUCAGCGAGGAUGCAGGCACAGUGAAGAUUCCAGUUAUCCGCCAUGGCACUGACCUUUCUACCUUCACAUCUGUCUGGUGUGCAACACGACCUUCAGACCCAGCUUCUGCCACUCCAGGAGUUGAUUAUGUCCCUAGCUCAAGGAAGGUAGAAUUCGGGCCAGGUGUCACUGAGCAGAGCUGCACUUUGACUAUCUUGGAUGACACUCAAUACCCAGUAAUUGAAGGACUGGAGACAUUCGUGGUUUUCCUCAGCUCAGCACAAGGAGCCGAACUAACCAAACCCUUUCAGGCUAUCAUUGCAAUUAAUGACACAUUCCAGGAUGUACCCAGCAUGCAGUUUGCCAAGGAUUCGCUCCUAGUGAAGGAGAAGGAGGGAAUUCUGCACAUUCCCAUUAUCCGGAGUGGUGACCUGAGCUAUGAGUCGUCAGUGAGGUGUUACACUCGGAGCCAUUCAGCUCAGGUCAUGGAGGACUUUGAGGAGAGAAAAAAUGCAGAUUCUUCGCGGAUUACAUUUCUUAAAGGGGAUAAGGUGAAGAACUGCACUGUCUACAUCCACGAUGACUCCAUGUUUGAGCCUGAGGAGCAGUUCAGGGUCUACCUUGGCCAUCCUCUUGGAAACCACUGGAGUGGGGCCAGAGUUGGGAAAAAUAGCAUGGCCACUGUCACCAUAUCCAAUGAUGAAGAUGCCCCUACCAUUGAGUUUGAAGAAACUGCAUACCAAGUCCGGGAACCUGCAGGACCAGACACUAUUGCAAUUCUGAGCAUCAAGGUCAUACGCAGAGGUGAUCAGAACAGGACCUCAGAGAUCCGCUGCAGCACCCGGGACGGGUCUGCUCAGUCUGGUGUGGAUUAUUACCCCAAGAGCCGAGUCUUGAAAUUCAAUCCUGGGGUGGAUCACAUCUUUUUUAAAGUCGAGAUCCUGUCCAAUGAAGAUCGAGAAUGGCAUGAGUCCUUUUCUCUAGUCCUUGGCCCAGAUGACCCAGUGGAAGCUGUUCUUGGGGAUGUGACCACUGCCACUGUGACAAUUCUAGACCAAGAGGCAGCAGGAAGCCUCAUAUUGCCAGCACCGCCAAUUGUUGUCACCCUAGCUGAUUAUGACCACGUGGAAGAGGUUACCAAGGAAGGAGUCAAGAAAGCUCCAUCACCUGGCUACCCGCUGGUCUGUGUCACUCCCUGUGACCCCCACUUCCCCAGGUAUACUGUCAUGAAGGAACGCUGCAGCGAGGCUGGCAUCAACCAGACAUCUGUGCAGUUCAGCUGGGAAGUGGCCACCCCCACUGAUGGCAAUGGAGCUCGGUCUCCCUUUGAGACCAUCACUGAUAACACACCGUUCACCAGCAUCAACCAUAUGGUUCUAGACAGCAUUUAUUUCAGUCGGAGGUUCCAUGUGCGUUGUGUGGCAAAGGCUGUGGACAAGGUGGGCCAUGUGGGAACCCCCCUAAGAAGCAACAUUGUUACCAUUGGAACAGACAGUGCUAUCUGCCACACUCCAGUGGUGGCUGGCACCGCUCGAGGUUUCCAAGCACAGUCCUUCAUCGCAACUUUGAAAUACCUGGACGUCAAGCACAAGGAGCAUCCAAACAGAAUCCACAUUUCCGUGCAGAUCCCUCACCAGGAUGGAAUGCUGCCUCUUAUCUCCACUAUGCCGCUGCACAACUUGCAUUUCUUACUGUCCGAGUCCAUCUACAGACACCAGCACGUCUGCUCCAAUUUAGUCACUGCCCACGACCUGAGAGGCAUCUCAGAGGCAGGGUUCCUGGAUGAUAUAGGUUUCCAUAGCACUGCCCUGGGCCCUGGCUAUGACCGCCCCUUCCAGUUUGACCCAAGUGUGAGGGAGCCUAAGACCAUCCAGCUAUACAGACACUUGAACCUGAAGAGCUGCGUGUGGACCUUUGAUGCAUAUUACGACAUGACCGAGCUCAUUGAUGUAUGCGGGGGCUCCGUGACUGCCGACUUCCAGGUGAGGGAUUCAGCUCAGUCAUUCUUGACAGUGCAUGUGCCUCUCUAUGUGUCCUACAUCUACGUGACAGCCCCCAGGGGCUGGGCCUCCUUGGAGCACCACACUGAGAUGGAAUUUUCCUUCUUCUAUGACACAGUUCUCUGGAGAACAGGAAUCCAGACAGACAGCGUGCUCUCUGCAAGGCUCCAGAUAAUAAGGAUCUAUAUUCGUGAGGAUGGCCGUCUUGUGAUUGAAUUCAAGACCCAUGCCAAAUUCAGAGGACAGUUUGUGAUGGAGCACCACACUCUCCCAGAUGUGAAGUCUUUCAUCUUGACUCCAGACCACCUAGGAGGAAUUGAAUUUGACCUACAGCUCCUGUGGAGUGCCCAGACUUUUGAUUCUCCAUAUCAACUCUGGAGAGCCACGAGCUCUUAUAACAGGAAGGACUACUCGGGGGAAUAUACCAUCUACCUAAUUCCUUGCACUGUGCAGCCCACGCAGCCAUGGGUGGACCCAGGAGAGAAGUCUUUGGCUUGCACGGCACAUGCUCCAGAAAGGUUCCUGAUUCCCAUUGCAUUCCAGCAGACCAACCGCCCUGUGCCUGUUGUGUAUUCACUCAAUACUGAAUUUCAGCUCUGUAAUAAUGAGAAGGUCUUCCUGAUGGAUCCCAACACAUCUGAUAUGUCACUGGCAGAAAUGGAUUACAAAGGAGCCUUUUCCAAAGGUCAGAUCCUUUAUGGCCGAGUCCUUUGGAAUCCAGAACAAAACCUUAAUUCUGCUUACAAACUCCAGCUGGAGAAAGUCUAUCUUUGUACUGGCAAGGAUGGCUAUGUGCCUUUCUUUGAUCCUACGGGGACAAUCUACAAUGAAGGACCACAGUAUGGAUGCAUUCAGCCAAACAAACACCUGAAGCACAGAUUCCUGCUCUUGGACCGCAGCCAGCCAGAAGUCACUGAUAAAUACUUCCACGAUGUGCCUUUCGAGGCCCACUUUGCUUCUGAGUUGCCGGAUUUCCAUGUGGUCAGUAGCAUGCCAGGUGUGGAUGGAUUUACUCUGAAAGUGGAUGCUCUCUAUAAGGUGGAAACAGGACACCAAUGGUAUCUCCAGGUGAUCUACAUCAUUGGCCCUGACACCAUCUCAGGGCCCCGGGUCCAGCGAUCUCUCACUGCCUCUCUGAGGCGACACCGAAGGGACCUGGUGGAUCCCAGUGGCUGGCUGACUCUUGAUGACUCCCUCAUCUAUGACAAUGAAGGGGACCAAGUCAAGAAUGGCACCAAUAUGAAGUCCCUGAAUCUGGAGAUGCAGGAGCCCAUUGUAGCUGCUUCCCUGUCCCAAACUGGAGCAUCAAUUGGCAGUGCCCUGGCUGCUAUUAUGCUCCUCCUCCUGGUAUUUCUGGUGGCCUGUUUCGUCAGCAGGAAAUGCCAGAAGCAGAGGAAGAAACAGCCCACGGAGGACACUCUAGAGGAAUACCCUCUGAAUACUAAGGUGGAAAUAGCCAAGAGGAGCCUAGACAGGGUGGAGAAGAAUGUGAACAGACAGUACUGCACCGUGCACAACAUCAACAUACUGAGUGACAGCGAGGGGUCUUAUAUGUUCAAAGGUGCUAAAGUCAAAAAAUUGAAUCUGGAAGUUAGAGUCCACAACAAUUUACAAGAUGGAACAGAAGUUUAAUGAGGAGACCCAUGUGUAUUUUUUUUCUAAAAUCAUUUUUAUAAAACGGGAAUAAAUACCAAUAUUUUUAUAAUCUUGCAGAAUUAAAAAAGGGAAAUCUAUAGCUUUGAGUGUCAGACAGCACACAUCACAUGCAUCAACUCACAACUGAGCUACCUCAUGAAACAGAACCACUGAUACGCCCAGAGUAUCAGAGUAGAGUUAUGCCUGUGGGUCCCUUUAACAGUGUCACUGGCUACACAGAGCUCCUCUGUAAGGGUCACCAUAGGAAAGCAAGUGUUUUAGAAUCAGGAAAGACACUGGAAAUUUAGCUUAGCUGAUAGAAUUCAGAGGCCUAGGCGUGAUGGGUAGCAGAUCUCUGAGAGAGUGAAAGGAGCGUGGAGACUUCAGUCUCCUCCACCACCAGCUUUGUCCUGUGAGGGCUUCUGGACGUCUAGACAGCAGGAUACAAAUUGCUGAUGCAGAUUCCACUAAAAUUCCUUAUCAGCAUAAAUUAGACAUUUGUGCAUUGUUUCCACUUGGUGGCCUAUGCACCCAAACUUCUACGUACCCUUGGCUCUUCAGGGCCCUUUUCAACUGGGGGUCUUGAUAUGCUUUAGCCUAGACUCGGUACAUCUCUACAGGAACUUAGAAAGCUUGGAGGACUCAGGGCAGGGCAAUGAAGAAGGCUGCAUAGUCCCAUGGCCUUGGAAUGCCAGGAAUGCUUUGAAAAAUCAGCUAUGCUUUCCUGCUACCCCAGGCUUGUCUGAUGCAGCAGUAUGAGCCCAUGUGCUUUGGGUUUUUAAUUUUGUAAUGUUUCCAGAAACUUAAGUGAUUCAUUUGAAUAAAGCAAAGGUUGGAGGGAAACCAGAGUUAACAGAUGCACAUGGGUCCUUCUUGUGUGUCGUAACAACAGAGGGAAGCACUGUCCCUAGUCAGUAUUUCAGGGAUUUCUCUUUGGGGGUUCUUUUCUGGUAGCUCAAGCACUUAUUUUUUACCAUAUCAGCACAUGACAAGGCCAUCAGUAUGUGGCUUUUAAAUAAUUUAGUGUUCAAAUAUCAGCUUAAAUAUUCUGUGUAUAGUGUGCAGACAACUUGCCUUUCGUUUCUACCUUACUGACAAAACCAUAAGCAUGUGCAUCAUGUUUUUAACUGGAGGCACAAUUCAAUUAUUCAGGAGUAAAUGAUAUUCGCCUGAUGCAUGGCACACCCUAUCACUGAGCGAAUAACAGAGCAUCUGCGUUACUACGCAGAUCUUGUGAUCUGCAGUGGAUCGCGAGAAUGAUCCACACUCUUUGAGAACAUUCCAAGCUGGUACUAAAAUCAAGAAAGAAUGAACCAUGAAAUGCUGUAGGCAACACUGCAGAGUCCACCGCUGGGAGGAGGGUCUGUGUGGGCUAUAGCUCUUCGUUCUUCAGCAGUGCCUUGCUCAUUACAGCACUCCAGAAAUCUGCGUUGAGUGAAUGAAUGGAUGGUGUGCUGGAUGAGUGACAGGGGAGUAAAUGCAGGAAGAGGGGGGGAGACAGAGUGGUGACAUUAUCACAAGGGCAGGUAGAAAUUCUCUGUUCUACUUGGGACUGUGAAAUAGUCCUCCAGUUGUCACCAAACAACCAGUUCUGGGCAGGCAUGGCUGGCAGUGAUUCCUGGGGAAGCACAAACAGAAAAGUUGUAAUAUAUGAGCAGGAGGCAAGACUGUGUAUUGGCAUCAAGAGCAGGAGAUUUAGAGGAAAGUCUAAUUUCUGAGAGGCAUAUGUUGUCAGGAGGGGUAGGUUGGGGUAAAGCCCAGAAACUCCUGGCUGGUCAGGUCCUACUUUAGAACAACUUGCGUAAUUCAGGGCAGAAAUUCUGUAAUGGCCUCAGGACGUCUGGAAUUGGUAUCCAUCCCGUGUGGUAAAGCUGAUGACCCAGGCACUGAAUCCUUCAGAACAACCUAGCAGGUGAGUGCUAAGUCUGCAAGGACAGGGAGCUGAUCAUCUGAGGGCAGCUCCCCACUUGGCCUGUUACUGGUCACUUCUCCCACUGCCAGGAUGCUCGCACAUUAGAGCAGCAAUUUUCCAUGCGCUCAGAUGUGCAGUUUCCACACACCUUCCUUUACACGAAGUAGGACAUAUACACAUGAGGCAUGCAGACAGAUAUGGGGAGGGAGACUGAACCCAGGGGCCUCUGUGCACAAAGUAACAAAGGCCUGUGAGGACCUGGACAUGGUGGACUGUAUGUAAGAGAAAAGCCCUUGAAGGAUUCCUGCCCCUCUCUGUGCCCCUCACCCCACUCGACACAUUAUUAAAAGCCAGUACUUCUCUACUGGAUUCCGCUUCUUGAGUGAGAAGUGUUAAGAGCUGUGCAGUUGAGAUUUGCCCCUUUGAUGUAAAAUUGUUCAUUGCAUUUGCGUUUCUACUUUGUCUUUGGGAUCGGAUAAUUGGAUGACUAAUGUGGAUUCUAUUUCAAUGAAAGCUCUGCUCUUAGUCACUAAUGCCUUGUGUGUGUUUUACUAACCUUUUAUAUUAGCCCUUCAGGUGAGAAGGAACAAAAAACCCUCAGGGGUUGCUACUUGCUGCCAUCCGCAGGCUAUGAAGGUUAAAAGAAAUAAUGGUCUGCACCGCUUCCUGCCUUGCUUCCCUUUUAUUGCACCCGGGCCUCCUGCAGGUUCCUGUUGUUGGAUGGGAAAUCGUGUGGGAAAGCACUUGCACAAUCUUUUCGAUAUUCCCUCAGUCUCCCAUAGGUGUUUGUUAUUCUUGGGUAUUACUCACCUGCUCAGACCGAGGAAAACAUUUGUGGUGCUGUCAACCUGAGUUCUUGACCCUUAAAUGAUUUUUUGUAUUUCCAGUAUGAAUCUGUGUGUUAGGAAUUUCUGAUUUCUCCGAUAGCAUAUG